AACAUCCAUUCGUCUAUAUACGUCACAGCUGUGUUUUCUAUUGUCCACAUACCAUGCUGCUAAAAGGAGACCUACCUUGUUCCUUGUAGUAAAUACGAACUACAAAUGGACCGCAGUCUGAAGCGCCGGCAGGUAAAGCCCCUUGCUGCCUCUCUUUUAGAUGCCUUGGAUUAUGACAGCUCAGAUGACAGUGACUUUGAAGUGGGAGAUGCCUCAGGAUCAGAUGGCACCGGGAACGGCAGUGACGAGGAAGGGUCCAAAGCGAGCGCUGCAGGAUCAGAGAGCGACUCGGACAACGGCGGUUCUGCAGACGACUGCAUAGGUGAAGAGGAGGCUAAAGACCUGGCUGCCGAGGAACACUUAACGGAAGAUGAAGAGAAGACCAAACAGCAGCCUUCCUCAGACAGCUCCACCAAAGACAGCCUCGCCGCCACCCCACCCAAAGGCCGACGCAAGAGCAAGAAGGCGCCCGAGGCUGAGCCUGAGCCUGAGCCUGAGCCUGAGCCUGAGCCUGAGCCUGACCCUGACCCUGACCCUGACCCUGAGGCCGAGGCUGAGCCUGAGCCUGCUGCAGGCGCCGCCACUGAAUCCAACUCAACGCCAGGCGCUGGCAGCACUAGCACGGAAGAGUCUCAGGCCGAGCCGAAGAAAUGGAAUUUUCGCAGGAACCGCCCCUUGCUGGACUUUACGACUAUGGAAGAGCUGAACGAAAUGGACGACUACGACAGCGAGGAUGAUAACGACUGGAGACCCACAGCGGGAAAGAAGAAAGGAAAAGCUGCUGCUCAAAAAGGAGGAGUGGAGGAAGAGGAGGGCGGCAGUGGCAGCGCUAGUGAUGACGACGAUGAUGAUAACGACGAUGAGGAAGACGACGACGAUGAUGACGAUGAUGGUGAUGAUGACGACGACGACAAUGCCAAGGAGGAUGAAGUGAAGAAGCCCAAGAAGAAGGCAAAGAGCACCAACGCUUUUGAUGAAGAGCUGACUAAUGACAGCAUGUCCCAGGGAAAGGGCAACGAGGAUGCCUUGCUGGACCGAUCCCAAACCUGGAGCACUCAGCACAUCCUCAUCUGCUGUGUCUGUCUGGGAGACAACAGCGAGGAUGCAGAUGAGAUCAUCCAGUGUGACAACUGUGGGGUGACCGUGCACGAAGGGUGUUAUGGCGUGGACGGCGAAAGCGACUCAAUCAUGAGCUCUGCCUCGGAGAAUUCAACAGAGCCUUGGUUUUGUGACGCCUGUAAGAACGGAGUGACUCCCAGUUGUGAGCUGUGCCCCAACCAGGAUGGCAUCUUCAAAGAGACGGACGCCGGGAGAUGGGUGCAUGUGGUGUGUGCGCUUUACGUUCCCGGUGUUGCAUUCGGAGACAUCGAUAAACUGCGACCCGUUACGCUCACAGAGAUGAAUUAUUCAAAAUACGGGGCCAAGGAGUGCAGUUUCUGUGAGGACGCCCGCUUUGCCAGGACGGGUGUGUGCAUCAGCUGUGAUGCAGGAAUGUGUCGCUCCUAUUUCCACGUCACCUGUGCACAGCGGGAGGGGCUCCUGUCGGAGGCUGCAGCAGAGGAGGAUAUUGCCGAUCCAUUUUUUGCGUACUGCAAACAGCACGCAGACCGCUUUGACAGGAAGUGGAAAAGGAAGAACUAUCUGGCCCUCCAGUCCUACUGUAAGGUCUCUGUGCAGGAGAGAGAGAAACAGCUUACUCCUGAAGCUCAGGCCCGAAUCACUACCCGCCUGCAGCAGUACAGGGCCAAAGCAGAGCUGUCCAGGAACACUCGGCCUCAGGCGUGGGUGCCCCGGGAGAAGCUGCCGCGACCUCUAACCUCCAGUGCCUCAGCAAUCAGGAAGCUGAUGAGGAAGGCGGAACUGAUGGGCAUCAGCACCGACAUUUUCCCCGUGGACACGUCUGACGCAAAUGCCAGCUUGGACGGACGCAGGAAACACAAGCAGCCCGCCCUCACAGCAGACUUUGUCAACUAUUACCUAGAGCGAAACAUGCGAAUGAUCCAGAUCCAGGACAACAUCUCUGAACAGAAGAACUUAAAAGACAAGCUGGAGAGCGAGCAAGAAAAACUGCACGUGGAGUACAACAAGCUUUGUGAGUUCCUGGAAGAGCUGCUGAAUGUGAAUGGAGAGCUGCGGAGUGAAGGCCAGGCCAUGUGGACUCUGCUGGGGGGAAUUCUGGGCGAGAAACUGAACACCCCGCUAUUUUGCAAGUUCUCCCACUUAGAAAUCAUGGGGGGGGGUUUGAAAUUGUCAUCCACUGAAACAGCACUCGUCAAAAUCCCCAACAACCUCCUCAUGGCGGCUGAUUCUGGAUUCCUCACCAUCCUCAUCCUCCUCGACUUGAGUGCAGCCUUUGACAUCAUCUGUCACACCACCCUCUUCAAUAGGCUAUGUUCCAUCAGCAUCCCCCACACUCCUUUAGACUGGUUCACAUCUUACCUCUCUGGCCGCACCCAUUUCAUUCAACUCAAGUCUUGUAAAUCCAUUCCCUCCUCCCUCACUUCAGGUUUGAAUGCUUGUGUUUUGCAGAGAACCAGAGGGCAGAAGAGGAAGAGGGUUCCUAUCUGUGAGGACAGAGAAGAUAAAAUGGAGGAACCACUGCCACGGGAACGCCGACAACGCCACUCUGCAAUGCAGAAAAAACCCAAAGGUGAAGACACAAGGACUGAGUGUACAACCUGCAAAGGGCCGGGCGACAACGAAAACCUUGUGAGGUGUGACGAGUGCCGGCUCUGCUAUCACUUCGGGUGUCUGGACCCCCCGCUGAAGAAAUCCCCCAAGCAGACGGGAUACGGCUGGAUCUGCCAGGAGUGUGACACAUCCUCCUCCAAGGAGGACGAAGAAGAAGAGGAGCAGCUGGAGGAAGAGGACUCUGUGAAAGAGGAAACGGCCGAGCAGGAGACUCCAAACUGAAGCCGAGCGGUGAUGACACAAACAACGCUGCUCCGCUUCAUGGCUUCACGGCUUCACCUCCAGCCUUUGCGUUUCUGUUUCACUACAGCACACCUAACUUUCUACUGGCCUCCCAAAGUUUCAGUGGGUAGCUACCACUCCGGAUAGUUCAGCAACCAGAGGUGUAUUUUCGAGAAAAAAAACAACACUAUCUUUAGAUUCAAGGGGUAGAAUUUGUACUUUUUAGUAACGAGGCUGGACAGACGGACACACAUCUCUCCAAUUUCAGACAACUCCAUGAAGCAUCCAGCCAUACGUGCGGCCACGCGGCACCAUGCUGCUUCUACAGCAGAGACUGUUGACCCCCCGCCACCUGAUGUAUUUAUAACACUUUCCAUGCAAUCUAUUUUCAUACACUAGUGAUCACCAGACAGUGUUUCUACACACAGUAUCCUCAGCGUCCUGUUUACAAGAUGAAGCUAGCAGAGAGUGUGUGUGUGUGUGUGUGUGUGUCUGUGUGUGUGUGUGUGUGUGUGUGUAUGUGUGAGUUGGGGGGGACACUUCUUCCCCCGCUGAGCACGCUCUCAGACCACUCUGACUUCAGCGGGGAAAUGCUUUCCACCGCCUUCAAACGCAUUUCACUCAAUAUUUUGCCUGGAGGAUUUUAUUUUUAUAUUUCAUACAUAUCUUCUUCCUUCCCCCCCAGAAAUAUCUACUUAUUUUCUCACUUAUUUACACUUUCAGUUGUUUUUUUGUGAGUGUAAAUCUUUGAUUUGCAGGAUCUUCAAGUGCUAUAUACCAAUCUAUUUUGUGAUUCAAUUUGUAUUAAAAUCUUCCAUGUUACUCGGAGAUUGUAUUUACAUACUACAUUUGGGGUUCUUCUUGUUUUUCCUCUGGUUCUCUGGCCUGCUAUUUGUCUGUGCUCCAGAGGUCCCCGGGAGUCAUCACUCACUUGUCCGAAAAGUUUAGCAACUGAAAAUGUUCACAGCCAGCCCGUCCACACCAAGAACAAUAACUAUAACCAUAACUAUAAUACAACAGCGGCCGCACAGCGCCACGUGGAACAAAAAACACCAACCGUAUUAUACACAAAGUUGUAGGACAGUAGGACCGUGGCCCCGUAGCAAUUGGAAUAGACACACCACUAGUUUUUUAGAAAACUAAUUUCUCCGCCAUGCCAUGUGAUAAAUUCUGAUAGAUUCGGAUUGGCUGUAGAAGGUGUUACCAACGGUAUCGUUCUCCACUGUCGUUGUAGUUAUAGUUGUGGUGUGGACUCCGCCAUCCACUAUAAGAACAAUUUAAAAAGAGACAUUUUUAUGGUCAUCGUAGUUCUAGGUGUGGACGGCCCUCACUCUCUCAAAUGAAUCACCACGUGUAACUUGAUACUUAUCUUACUCUAAACUAGGAGAAGUGUCAUGCUGAAUUGAAGUGAUGAUUACAUAUAGCGUAUGACUGUUAUCAGAGAGCUAUUGAAUCAGUAGAUUUGACCAGAGACUACUGUUGGGCCAAAACACUGUCACACUCAUACAGUAAGUCUGGAAUUAUCCCUUAAAGUGCCAAUAAAGCUGAACUGCAAAAGU